GACAAACGCUAAGACAAACAUUGGAGACAAGAAGACGAGACAAGAAGCAAGAGACAAACGCUAGAGACAUUCUCAUUGGCUGAGAGACGGACGCCCGAACGCUGCCCGAGCCUCUCAAGCGCUCCGAGCUCGCGCUAGCCGCAACACCUACCGGUUACCUGGCAUCCUUCCUCAUUAAUUCAUUACUCAGACUCGCCGCGGCACUUAAGUCGACUUCUCACUAUGGCAUGGGAGCGCGCGGACCAGCAGGGCAGCGGUAAGGCACAGAAAUCAACGAGCAGCAUGUGACAGAUAAUCUGGAGAAAAGGGCGAGGAGGACACGGACAAGCAAAGCGACGAGAAUGAAGGGAACGCGGCGACGUGCAGCACAACGCACGACGCGCAACGCACGACGAUCGCGAGCACGCAGCCUGAGGGCUAAUGCCCAACGCGAAAACACGGCCGACGAACGGACCGCCGUGCCUGAGCGAAGGAGUCGGAGGCAUGGGAGAAUGGGCAGGCGCAGGGCGCAGUCGCCGUGGCUUCAACAUGAAGUGCGACGCACACGCCGACCGCGAGCGCACCGGGCGAAUGCCCAGCACGCAGACACGGCCGACGAACGCGCGCAGAGCGAGCCGCCGGACAGGCAUCCCUACGCCCCUCCCACUCCGAGUCUGGGUUAUGAUUGUAUGCAAAGUACAUGCCCAGAUCGGGGCAACACUGUCCACCCCUUACCGGCCGCUGCAGUGAUGAGGCACUUCCCUGGGUGCAUUAAUAUGGCCUGCGAGCGGUUAUGGUGGUCGAACGCAGGUGUGGUUGGCAGCGAGUAUGCACCCAAUGAGAGGAGCAUGGUGAGCAAGGGUGGUGCGGGACGAGCGCGCGAAGCCAGAGCUCCCCGGUACCCAACAGCACGACGAGAACGACUCAGCGAGGACAGGCGCGGGCGAGCGAGGAGAGCGAAUACAUAUGGCCUACUCGGAGAGGCCAUGGGCAUGGGUGUGCUGCACGUAAUGCCUGCAUACCACCCAUUCUGUGUUGCAAUCUCUUGAUCAUGUUGCCCGGGGAGACAGGCGAGGCAGAUCGACUUACUCCCGAACAGUUGGUAUUCCACAAACUGGCACGGGGCCACGAAGCCGACUCCCGAAGGGAGGCGGCUGAGUGGCCUUUCAAUUAAUAUCAGUCUCUUACAGAAGUCGCCUACGCUUGCAAAUUAGGACAGUCACACUUUUCGAGCACUCGCCCCGCCAUGUGAAUGAUUUAUUCGAAAGCGCAUACCCGUAGCGGAGCACGGGCAUCGGCUAGUUUAUGCCACAUAUGAAGUAGUAGGGCACGUGGAUCGCCGG